AUGUCUUUCUCCAACACCGACACCGGCAGCAAGACCGCCGACCCAUACACCGCAAAGAACAUCCAAGAGCCAUCGCUGAAGGAGAAGGUCGACGACUUCGUCCAGUUCGUCAACAAGGCCAAAUUCUGCAUGCUCACAACCAAGACUUCCGACGGUCUCCUCGCAAGCAGAUGCAUGGCAGUCGCCGCCAAGGAGGGCAACGGCGUCGACCUCAUCUACCACACCAACACCGAGUCAGGCAAGACGGACGACCUCGAGAACAGCCCCGAUGUCAACGUCGCCUUCCUCGACUCUGCCGGCGAGUGGGCGUCAGUCUCUGGCCGUGCCACUAUCGAGACCGACCGUGCUAAGGUCCGCGAGUACUACUCUCCUGCGCUGAAGGCGUGGUUGGGUGACCUUGGUGAUGGCAAGCAUGACGGUGGACCAGAGGACCCUCGUGUUGGGUUGAUCAAGGUGCAGGCUAAGACGAUUCAGUAUGCUGUCAGCCGCAAGAAUAUUGUGACGAGCACUAUUGAGGUGGCGAAGGGGGUGAUUACGGGCGAGUCGCCACAGGUGAACAAGUUGAGGCAUCUGAGCGAGGAGGAGAUCCAGCAGUGGCGAUCUUCGGCAUAG